AUGUUAAGGUCACAUUUGGUAAAGUCACUUCUAAAUUUCUCCCUCUCCUACUUUCCCGUUUCUUCUGUUGCUAACCUAAAUUCAAUUUUUAGAAAUUUAUAUUAUAAAAGAAGUUCAUUUUCUUUCUUUCUUUCUUUCUUUCUUUCUUUCUAUCUAUCUAUCUAUCUAUCUAUCUAUCUAUCAAUUCAUUAUCUAUCAAUUCAUUAUCUAUCUAUCUAUCUAUCUAUUUAUCAAUUCAUUAUCUAUCUAUUCAUUAACUAUAUAUCUUUCUAUUCAUUAACUAUAUAUCUCUCUAUUCAUUAUCUAUCUAUCAAUUCAUUAUCUAUUUUUUCAUUAUCUAUCAAUCAAUUCAUUAUCUAUCUAUCUAUCUAUCUAUCUAUCAAUUCAUUAUCUAUCUGUCUAUCUAUCUCUCUAUCUAUCUAUCUCAAUCGAUUCAUUAUCUAUCUAUCUAUCAAUCAAUUCAUUAUCUAUUCAUUAACUAUAUAUCUUUCUAUUCAUUAA